CCGGCAUCACCAGCAGCUUCAGCUUCAGCCUCUGCCUCUGGAGAUGAAUUGCAUGGCCAGGCCCAGCAACCGACAACACAACAGUCGACGCGAGCCGUCACACCCGAUCCACAAAUCCCCGUUGAUCCCACCCACUUGCCCGGCUUGCAGCAACACACUCUGCAAAUGCAGCAGCAGCAGCAGCAACAGCACCAACAGCAGCAACAGCACCAAUCACAACAACACUCGACACAACCAUCACCUCAGCCGAUUCUACCACAACCGAUCGAAAGCGCAAAGCAAAAGCCGCUGCGAAAAGCCUCCGACUCUGCUCGACCAAUACUGCCAGCCCCUCCAACACAAGCGAGCGCACCCAUUUCUGCAGCACCUGGGGCUCCGGCAACAGAUAAGCAACCUUACAGCCAAGCACCCCAGUCGCAAUACCUCUCCGAGGCAGAGCUGCACGCGCUGCACCAGCCUGGACCGCUACAUCCGCGUCCGCCAGCCCUGUCGCAGCAAAAUCAAAUGAGCGUGUUUUCUUAUGCUCCGGCGUACGGCCAGCAUCAACAGCAAGCCCCAGUUUCGGGUCAACAAGUGGUGCAGCCGACCGCGUUCGGUCCACCACCGAUCGGUUUCAACCGUGCUUCGUCACGGCAGCCGUCCCCGACACCCAGCCGGCCGCAGUCGCCCCCGAUGCAGCAACAGCAACUGCAGCAGCAGCUCGCAAAUGUUUCUCAACCCCCUCUGCAUCAAGGCAUGCUGCCACCGCAACCGCAGCCACUUCAGGGCCCCCAGGUCAUGCAGCAGCCUCCCCCGCCUCAUGGUUUCCAAGCUGUGGACGCGUAUGCGGCUGCACCACCAGCUCCCCAGUUUGCAGGCCAGGAGCAUCAGGUUCUGUAUCCCGUCGCUUUCAAUCCCCAGCAGCUUCAACAGCAAACUGCUCCGCCACCACACUUUGUCGACCCGACACAGCAACCGCAACAGCAAGGUGUUUAUUAUGUCUCGGCUCCUCCUGGCGCUCCUGACGGCUACAUGUCUGCUGGAUACGCCCAACCCGGUCAGUACGUCGACCCCUCCUUGAUACAGCAGCAGCAGGAAGGGUAUGUGUAUCACGGGAUGAUGACUCUCGAGCAGCAGCAGCAGCAGCAGCAAGUCCAGCUUCAACAGCAGCACGCGCUUGCCGCGCAAUCGCAACCACCAAUGCCCGAGCAGCUCCAGUCACAACCGUUGCAAGCACAAGCACUACCGCCACAAUACCCACCACCACUACAGCAACAGCAACAACAACAACAACAACAACAACAACUGCAGCAAUCACCCUCCCAGAUGCAACAACCACAGCCCCAACAAGAGCAGCAAUUUGUGCCAUACGACGCGCACGACCAACAUCAAUACCAGCAACAGCAACAGGCGUUUCACACUCAACAGCAGCAACUGUCUGCACCCGACACGUCUUCGUCUGCCAGCGAUGCGAGCAGCGACUAUGCAGCCUCUGGGCCGGUUGCCAGCGGGCCCACGCACCCCAACUCUGGAUCUAUCUUCCGUGGAUUCAAGCGCCAUCAUUUCGACACAGAGGAGCAAGAGCUUUCGCUCGAAACAAUCAAGCACUACAUUGAUCCUCGCGACGUUCCUUCCGAGGAGCAGUCCUGGUACUCUCAGCAGCGCUCCCUCCCGUUGCCGAGUCUCCUCGUGCAGCCGCAUACAAUGGAGUCCCUCUCGCUGCGGGACUGGCCGGCGCUGUUGCGGUGCCUUCGUGAGCUUUCCAACACGGAGCGUCUCGCCAGCCAGGCAUUCGCCUCUCUCGCAGGUGGCGCUGGGCUUCAACUUCCCGCCAAGCUUGCCAAGAACCCCGAGGUGGCGGCAGAGUGGAAUGUCAUGCAAGAAUAUCUGACGCGAUGCACCGAGCGCGAGAACAGCGUCACACAGGUUUUAAGCGCAGUUGAGCGGCGACUGUUGGACGUCGUUACGCUGCGUGAUCAAAUUCAUGAUGCCAUUUCAGACAUUAAGGAGGGCCGCGCACCCCUGCUCCCCGAACGCAGCGAGUCCGUGUCUCCAAUGCAGCCAGCCACGUACCUCGAGGAGGGACUAUCGUUCGCUCGUGAGGGCGAUGACGAGGAUGGCGAGGACACUCAGGAUGUUUUGUAUCCCAGUUACCCUAGCGAGGAUUCCCUGCAGCAUGCCGCAGAUUCGCUGGACUCUGAGAGCGCAUAGUCGUGAGCAUCGCUGCUUCGACUUGCUGUAUUCUUAACACCCUCUCUCUCCCCCCGUCAGCUGACUUUAUCGCUUUUAGUCAUCUUUGUGUGCUUGUCAUUUUCAUGAAUGAUAAAAUUCAUUGUCAAAUUGGAUACAUCUAAGCUCUAAUCAAGCUUGCUCGUCAUCGCACCCGAAAAUUGCCUGUACACGCCCCGUUGGCUUGUUG